GCACUUCCGCGUAGCCAGAGGCAGCCUCGACUUCCUCAAAGGGAGUGACGCCGAAGUGCUGAGUGUCUAGCUCAGCAAACUUUUUCAUUUCACGGCGUUUGGUUUGCAAUUUGACUUUUACCCUCGCCAAUGUCCAAGCCUCCUCCCAAGCCGGCCAAGCCAGGCCAAGUCAAGGUGUUCAGAGCUGAGUUCACCUUUGACCCCAGAACGCCCGAUGAGCUUUACUUUGAAGAAGGAGACAUCCUCUACAUCUCUGACACGAGUGACAGCAACUGGUGGAAAGGAACAUGCCGAGGGAGGACGGGCCUUAUUCCACGCAACUACGUGACGGAGCAGGCCGAAUCCAUCGACCACCCGAUGCAUGAAGCGGCCAAACGAGGGAAUCUUUGCUGGCUGAGGGAAUGUGUGGAGAACAGGGUGGGAAUCAAUGGCCUGGACAAGGCUGGCAACACUGCCCUCUACUGGGGAUGUCAUGGAGGACAUAAAGAUGUCGUGGAGCUUCUGCUCAACCAGUCCAGCGUGGAACUCAACCAGCAGAAUAAGCUUGGGGACACUGCUCUGCACGCUGCUGCCUGGAAGGGUUAUUCUGACAUUGUGGCCAUGUUACUGAACAAGGAUGCGCGGACGGACAUCCGGAACAACGAGAACAAGCUGGCUCUGGAGAUGGCCACCAAUGCACAGUGUGCCUCGCUGCUCAAAAGGAAGCUGGCCAGCACUAUCACCCGCUCGCACAGCAACGCUGAGGAGUAUUUGGAUGAGGAGGACUCGGACUGAUGACGGGGCGCCAGCAGAGAGGUGUCAUCAGCGACUUCAAAAGAAAAAACGGACCUUGUUGUCCCCCCCCCCCCCCCCCCCCCCUCGUCAGCAUGGUUGUUACUGUUAACUCUAUUCUGAAUCAAGCCCUCAGCCUCUCAGCAGUGUAAAUUGAAACCUGACGACAGUUAAUUGUCCGGAGUGUUGUUGCGCAAAAGGUACCAACAAAAAACAAAACGCAUUGAUUCCAUAGAACUGCUGAUGGUGUUUGUUGACUCUGAUUUGUGUGUAUGAGCACAGAUUUUUUUUGUAUGUGCUCCUUAGUCAAAGUAAGAAGUGUCAUUCCGCAUAUUUCUAAAUAUGAUCGAAAAUAAUAAGCGUAUCAGUUGGUCUUUUCAUUUUCAAAUGGCACUCUGAAACCCAAAACACAAAUGAGUCAUUGUUAAACAAACGACAAAAUAAUCGGGCACUUUUUUUGUAUUUCGAUUGCCAACUUAAAACGUAAGGGAAUGAAUGAUACACAGAUUUAAAAUACUCUUGGAUUCCAACGCGUUCCAAGUGUUGCUGCUUUAAGACAAAUGUUCAAGGAAGAAAACCUAAGUGCCUUUUGUAUGUGGAAUAGUGUCUUGGUGGCUGUGAAUUUAUCUUUUCUUUACGAAACACAAACUUUAUUUCUACCUGCUUCUUCUAUCUGCAAUUAAAAGCGUUUUAACUUAAAA